UCUAAAGAUCUGGUUCACUCGUUCACUUCAAAGAGCCGGUUCAAAGACUCGGCUCGUUCGCGAACGUCACAUCACUACAAUGAAAUGUUUAUGUUCUUGGGCUUUAAUUUAGAGUUCUCGACAAAGAAGCAGAUAUUUUCUAACGCAGACAUUAAACGUUUGUACUGAUGAUUCAACCGGGAGAGUUUCAUGUCGAUACAACCUGUAGAUGUGCUUCAACUCUGAGUCACCUGACAUUGUCUGCAGGAAAAUGGAUAGAGAUUGAACUUCCGGAACCAGGGAUGCCCGAUGAAGCAGUGGUGUAAAAGCCGGUGUUGAAUGACAUGACUUCUCCUCACUGUCCAAUCACCAAAUAGCUUUGAGUUUCUUGUUACUUCAGGAACUGUUGCCAUGGAGCUCAGACUUCAACACUUCACACAAAGUUUUCACCCUGCAUGCCUCACAGUGGACACACUCAUCAGAGGAUUUAUCAGGCAGCUCAUGGUAAGCAUUUUAAGGUCAGUGGAUGUGAAGGAAUGCAGGUCCAGUCGGUGCCCCUCGGCUCUGUCACUAUAGGACCGCAGUCCUGGCGCGAUGGGACGGUCCGCUCCAUCCGGCGGGCGGAGCGCCUGGUGCGCCAGACUCGGGCCGGGCGGUCCGGGACUUGCAGCCGGCCCCGGAGCUGCAGCGCCACCGCCGGUUUCACCCCAAAGCGCACAGACUGCACAGCGGAAACAACAGAUGAUAAGAUCACAGGGGAGGAAUGCGGAGAGAGUCGUGACUGCAUCUGCAAAAAUAAGAUGUCGAGGCCCCAGACUACUGGAGCGAUGUUCCCUAGUGGGUCCCAGAAGACGUCUGUGGCCCUGUUCCUGCCCACCAGCUUGCGUGAGCAGUGUGCCGGGGCCAGCGUUGCCGUGGCCGGUGACUACAUGCGGAGGGUGCGGGAGGUGGAGGGCCAGCUGCGCAGGCAGGCCGGCAGGGUGACCCAGGAGGGCAUCAAGCUGGAGAGGGAGAGGGGUCACCUGGAGAGGAUGCUGCGCAGCCUCAGGACCAGUCUGACUGUCAACAGGAGGAGCUCAGAGGGGAGGACCAGGAGGCCAUCCACUGCUGAGACUGAGAGAGACGGUGCUGAUUACCUGUUGUUGUGCGAGAGAAGAGAGCUGGCACAGUUGAAACAGGAUCUGGAGGAAGCGCUGAGAAACACACUGACCCAGCUGCAGGCUCUGGGUCAGAGCAGCAGACAGCUGCUGGACUGUGCCAGUGAGCGAGCUCGUGUCCUGGAGCUGCUGCCUCACAGCGGCUCUGCUGGAGGACACAGCAGCGCUGCUCAGACCCUCAGCAAAACAGACCCCGUCAGCCCCUUUACACCAGAAUGUAAACAGGUUUUAGAGUCGUCCAAUUUGACCAUCAAUCAGUCACAGCUGCUGAGGGAGAACAUCGUACAGAUGCUAACCAGCGCCAUCACCAGGCAGAAAACUAUUCACUGCGCAGUCAAUGAUGGCCUGGUGAAGAAAAUGGCAGAGACAGUCAGUCUGCAGCAAAACCUGACUUUGAUGUCUGCAGCCACCAGGCAGGCCAUGUUUCGCAAGCAGAGGGAGAUUAACUGUAUUCGUCACAGCCACGACAGACUGCAGGGUCCAGAGUACAGCGGUGACAUACUGUCCAGAGAGAAACUCAACAGGCCUCUGGUGCAGGUUUAUCACAGACACCCAGGGACACAGUUACCUGAGGCUGCUCAUCUCAUACAGGGCAGCGCAGUGCUGAGGCGGUGUCUGAUGUCCUCUGAGGGUGAGCUGGCGAGGCUGCAGCGCGCCUGUCUGCAGCUGCUGGAUGACCAGCACUGCAAGAGGGCAGCAGCUCAGGUGGAUGCAGCUGUCAUCCGCAUGAGGCGUCAGCAGGUCGACAAGCGAGCCAUGCCCUCUGUCCUCCAGCAGGGGGCGUGCAGAGGCCAACUUCCCCUGUCUUGUGCUCAGUAGGACUCCAGCAAGCAUGCAAGUAGACAGGGAUGAUAGCUUUAAGUGUGUUGCGAGAAAAAGGGAGUGGCCAUGUAUAAAAUGUAUCAGUUAAAGAUUAAUAAAAUAGGAUUAAAGCAACAGUUUGUGGUCAAAAGUAUAUGGAAACCCUUGGUCUCAUAGUCUUGAGAACUUUUAGUCUUAGUUUGUCAUGGUUUGGGUAAGGUCCAUUUGUUAAAUUAAAAAACAUUUUUAAUGCUACAGCAAAGCAAUUUAAGCAAAGAGUGCUGCCAGCUUUGUAGCAACAGUUUUGGGAAUGCCCUUUCCUGUUUCAGAUACCCCCAGUGCACGAGGUCAAGUUCAUUAAGAAAUUCUAAGGAUUUGUCUCAGAUAUGUUAAAGGUCCAGGUGUGUACGAUUCAGGGAUAUCUACUGUCAGAAAUGGUAUAUAAUAUUCAUAACUAUGUUUUUAUUAGUUUAUAAUCACCUGAAAAUAAGAACCAUUGUGUUUUUGUUACUUUAGAAUGAGCUGUUUAUAUCAACAUAGUCUGACUCACCAGAUGUAAACAACAACAAACAACCUCUGAGCUAACAACACGCUGAAACUGCUGUGUUUUGACUAAGAUUUGGAUCCUGCAGGAAGGCAUGCCUGUUUUGUUCCUUCAGUAAAUUGUUGUAAAGAUAUAAAACGAUUAAAACAACUUGGGAACGCAUCCCGGGAAAGCCCAGAUUAAAUCUUGCACUACUCUCGAGCUGGAUCUGUUUUUUGACACAGCCAGUCGGGGUUGAUUUGGCACAUCUUUUAACUGUGGCAGCAGCAUGCACCAGUGCCAAUGACUUCACACACGUACUGAUCCAUUCCACUUCACAAGAGCACCACGAAAACCUCAUACAGCCAGCAAAUAGUCUGUGGUUUCAGCGGGUUUAGUGAGCUCAUCCAGCCCUAAAGCAUAGUCAUGCUUCACCUCUAGGGCUCUUAUCAAAUGAUGUUUGUCUUUUUUAUCACUAAAACCUGAAUCACACAGUGACAUAUGACUGUCAGUGUUUUUUGUGGUGUUCUCUUUUGCUGAGCCAUUUUAAAGG